AUGGCGGGAAUACAAGAGACAUUAAGUUUCGCAAUAGGUGUUCUAGUAUCCAUGGGAGCCUCGGUGAUGGAUGCAGCAGGUAUUAAUUUACUUAAAUUGGAUCAUGUAAAAAAUUCCAGUAAACCAAUAGAAAAACAACGUAGCGAUUGUGGUAGACCUAUGUGGCAUCUCGGUUUAUAUUUAUAUAUUCUUUCUCAAGUUGUUGGAAGUACGAUAGCAUUAAAUUUUCUUCAACCGCAAUGGGUAGCACCUCUUGGAUCUGUGUCUUUGAUUUUUAAUUUUAUAUUUGCCAGAGUUUUAGUUGGAACUAAAAUUACAAAACAAGAUCUUUGGGGUACUUUGGUAAUUGUAAUAAGUGUGAUAUGGGUUGUGGGUUUUGGAGGUAUUAAUCAAGCAAAUGAUGACCUGGAUAUAGAAAGAUUAAAAGAAUUAAUGUUACGUCCAUUAUUUGUUAUUUAUUUCUCUAUACUCAAUCUAAUAACUUUUUCACUCUUCGGUUGUGCCAUGUUUGGUUAUGUGAUGGUUAGCUAUCCUGAAUUAAAAAAAAAAAAUCAAUUUUUUAAUGGGAUUGAAACUUCUCGAUUGCAAAAUUGGGUUGGUAUGACAAUGGCUAGUGUUGGUGGUUUACUUGCCAGUCAGACUAUACUUUUGGCUAAAAGCGGUGUAAAGUUACUUACUAUAUCCAUUUCCGAACAAAAGAGUCAAUUUACUGAUAAAACAAGUUGGUUUAUUCUCUUAUUCCUAAUGCUUACAGCAACACUCCAGGUUUAUUGUCUUAAUACUGCAUUGAAAUUACUCGAUUCAGUAUUGGUGGUCCCUAUGUUUUAUGGUUUCUAUACUACAUUGAGUCUUGUCAACACAAUGAUUUAUCUUGAUGAAUUAAGCGAAUAUCCUGCUUGGGUACUUCUCUUAAUUGCCAUCGGAAUUGCCGCUUUAGUAUACGGUGUGUUACUAUUAAGUGAAGCAAAAGAAGAUGAAGACUUGUCGGAUGAUGAAGAUGAAUCAGAUAUUAAUACCAGUAAAGUACAGAAAAGGCAUAAAAAGAAAGAUCCUGAAUCAGAAGAUGUGUUUGUCAGUUUUGACAAAUGGCUUACAACUUUGAGAAAUAGAUUCAGAAGUGGAAAAGUUAAUCAAUCUGAAUUACAAAUGGAGGAAUUUGAUGCAAAACCUAAAAAAUAG